AUGUACUCAUAUCGCCUGUGUGUGGAUGAAAGUCUCACCACCCUUGGUAGCGCUUCGAUGCGAUCGAGCUUGGCGCUGGAAGUCAGCUUCGUCUUGUCUCUCAUGGUUUUGCUGAAGCUUUACACGGGAUUUGUUUAUUUCGUGUCUGUCGAGAAAUCUCUUGUGAAGGCGACUAGCCGACUGCAAGUGCUGGCAAACGAGGCGUCGCAUGUGCUGAGCGACGCGAUCGAGGGGUGGCGUUACUUCCGCCAUAGCGUCGCCUUGUACGCUUUCACCGUGGCUGCUGCACAAUCAAACGAGGCGACGAGAGCUGGGCCGCCGAGAGAUCACUCGCGCGUGACGCCAGCGGAAGCCAACGACCUCGCCAAGCUCCUCUCGCAACGAGAAGUCUUGAGCGACAGGGAGCUUGAGGAGCUUCAGAACCUCUCCAGCAUCGCUGCUGUCCCCGUCAUCAAAGCUUGGUGUACUCAACAUUACAUGGCGCUGCUGCCGGACGCUAUGUCGACCCCUCUUCUUCAGAGAGGGACAGAGAACUUGUGGAGCGCGCUGGAUGAUUUUGAGUUGAACAAGUCUUGCCAUGGCUUCAAAGACAUCAUCAGCUGCUCUCGGAUGGUCACAACGAUCGGCUUUCUGCUCCUUACAUACACUUUUAUGUUUGUAAGCAAUCACGGGAGUUACAUCUCUAUCGGGCUUCUUCCUUUGCUGAUCCUCCUGCUCCUCUUCAUCGACGAGAUGGCAAACAUGUCGUUCGAAGCUCCUGCACUGCUUGUGAAUGACUCGAGUCGACUCGUUUCCCUCAUCGAUGAUACGUUGGAGAAACACUCGCAGCUGUUGCAAAGUCAGAGAAAGGUCAUCGAAAGGAAGCGUAUGCUUGAGAAUACUCAGACUGAUGAAUACAAGCGAGGUUUCAAGAUUCUCAAGCAAGAGCUUUGUGACAAGGGAAAGCAGCCAAGCGAGGGGUUUGAAAGAAUCGACGUGGAUCGAGAUCGCCUCAUCUCUGUUGAAGACCUGCUGGCAGCCGUGCAGAUCCUCCAGCUCCCUGUGUCCGACGACGUCGUGAAGCUGAUCUUCAACAACAUGAACCCCAGCAGUGAAGACAAGGUGGGAUUGGAAGCCUGGCAGACGUUCUUCAGUGGAGCCUCGGCUGGCUUGCAAGAGACGGAGGAGGACGGGAGAGCUUCGCCUGAUCCUCGGGCGAUGCAACCCAGGACAGGACUGAAGGAAACUGCCAAGCUGUAUGAGGCCCCCAAGACAGACGAUGCUUUGAACCCGGAGGCAGGCAAGGUGAGAAACAGAAGCAGCGUGCUUCCCAAGACUUCGUUGAUGUACGAGGCCAACCGAGCUAAGCUCUCGCUGUCGGAUCUGCUUCACAAUGAUCGACCUGGGGCUGCAUUAAAGUGA